CUGUUCCAUUCAAUUCCAUUGGAGUGGACUGGAUUUACUGCGCUGCGCGACGCUCCAUGCCCGCGUCUUCCUCCCUCCUGGGGAGCCGCUUCGCACAAGACGCAGGUCCACAGGUCCACCGUCCGCGCGCCACUGUGCACAUCAGCGCCGUCCAAUAGCGCUCUGAGCCCCCCCCCCAACCCGCAUCACCUUGGCCGCCGGCACCAUCGCCCAGUUCCUCGCGCGUCCGUCGGCCCUUGACACGGAGCGGCUCCGGUUGGGGCUCCGCAUCCUUGACUGUGAGGGAGGCGGUCAGUUAUGGAGGCUUUCGCCGAGGACAGCGCUCUGGGGACGGGGACAGGGACGCCGGAGAUGGAGCCGUCGGCAGCGGAGGCAACAGUACGGGAACCAUGUUCAAGCUGCAGUGAGAUACCACAAGUGUCACUGUGCCCACCGGACAGUCCAGGUGUGGAGCCACGAGUGACCCUGAUCAAGACGGAAAGUGCCCUUUCCAGCACCUGCAGCCUUGGCAGAGCAUCCUCAUCCUCUCAGCUUUACCAUCAAGUUCCGCAGGGCUGCCCCCACUCUUCACCCCAGCCCAAGAGGUGCCGCUGCUGUGGACGGCAGCAAAAAGCCGUUGGCAUCCCUUGCACCCUCCACGAUGGGAAAGGCCACCUGGACUGCUCCUUGGACACGGUCAAGACAGCACACAGCUGCAGCCCCUCACACAUGGCAUCGUGCCAUGACUCUGUGCACUGCCAUUUUCUGCACGGAUCCCAUGAUGGGGGGAGCCAUCACCCACUCCAGCACCAUGUAGUAACAGUCAGACGUGAAGGACACAGGAUUCCAAGAAGUUACUCCGAGCUCAUAGCGGAGUUCCCAUUGACCGUUCUUGUUACCUGCUCUGUGGUUCUGCUGGCAUGUUCUGUAGCCGCUUUUCUCAUCGGUCCCUUGCCAGACUUCUCUGACCCCCUCAUGGGUUUGGAACCCCAUGGAACAGAUAUUGGGAAGCGAAUGACUGCCUGGAACAAACUGCAGGAAAACACAGGGCCCGGAAGAUCACUCUCUCUGUUGCCACGGCAACUAAGCAACCAGCCAGCUAUCAGCUAUGGACAUGGCAGCAGGGAAGGUCACCCCAGCCUGCGACUGAAGAGGAUGGUGGACUGGAAUUCUGCUCAGGACUCAUCCUUCUGUGAUUCUCCAGGAGAGCGCUAUGCCCAGUUGGUGUUCCGCUCUGGAAACUCAGCCAGUCUUUGGAGUGUGAAGGCCAUCCGCUCCAUGUGUGAGAUGGAGCAGGCGAGAAUCCGCUCACAUGCACACUUCCAAGAUCUCUGCAAACAAGACAGAUUGGACACAGGAGGGGCCUUGGAAAAGCACACAUGCUGCCCAAGUUGGUCUCUGGGAAACUACCUGGCUGUCCUGAGCAACGCUUCCUCCUGCCUUGGCCUGACUGCCACCCAGGUCUCCCAGAGCUUGAGCCUGCUCCGUCAGUGUGCCCCCUACUACCACGACAGAAGCCUGGACCCAUCCUGUGCUCAGAGGGGGAAACAGGGCCCAUGUACCUCAGUGCCGCUCCAGUGCAAGCGUUCCAGUGCGAUUUACCAGAUACUGCAUUACCUGGUGGACAAGGACUUUCUUGGACCCCAGACUACAGGCUACCAAGUCCCUUCACUGAAAUACAGCCUUUUGUUCCUACCAGUGGAGAAAGGAGAUGCAAUGAUGAAAAUAUAUCUGGACAGCCUUGAGGGCCGUGAUCUCACAUACAGAAACACGACAAUCACGGGCAUGGACCUGGGCAUCAAACGAAGGCUUUUCAAGUACUAUCUGGCCCAGGAUUCCAUCUAUCCUGUUCUGGCAGCGGUGAUGCUCUUAGUGACAAUGGCCCUCUAUCUACGAUCCUUCGUCUUAUCAGCAUUGUCUUUGGCAGCAAUUAUCGUUUCCCUCUUUGCUUCCUACUUCUUCUACAAGGUCGCUUUCCGUCUAACGUUCUUCCCGUUCCUUAAUAUUACUGCAAUUCUGCUCUUACUGGGUAGUAGUUCUAAUCAGGCUUUCACCUUCAUAGACUUAUGGAGCCUCCAGUUGUCCCAGAAUCCUCCUGCUUCAUUGGAGAAAAGGGUCAACCAGAUGCUCCAGGAAGUGGGAUACUUGAUCUUGGUAUCAGGGCUGACUUCUAGUGCUACCUUCUACUCAGGAUUCAUGAGCAGCAUCACAACUGUAAGAUGCUUUGCAGUCUAUCUCGGCACCACCUCAUUAAUCAGCACACUUUUUGCUCUUGUUUGGUUGCCCUGUGCCCUUGUCUUACGUGAACGUUACUCACUGGCAGCUGCUGGUGCUUCUCCUGCUCGUAAGUCUUGUUGUUCACUGAGUAUUGGUGAAUUCUGGGCCACGAGCUUGAGAAAACUAUGCCUGUUUACAAUGGUGCGAAAGCUAAGGAGCUUAAAGCGCGGACUCUCUGAAACAUCCGAUUUACUUUUCCUUAAGAUCCUGCCAUGUGGAGUGGUCAAAUUUCGAUACAUCUGGAUUUGCUGGUUUGCUGUCCUGGCUGUAGGUGGUACAUACAUAACAUGUGUGGAUCCAGGAAUGAAACUUCCGUCUUUGGAGAGUAAAGCUACUCAGCUUUUCCGCUCCAGCCAUCCCUUUGAAAGAUAUGAUUCAGAAUAUCGUCACCAGUUCAUGUUUGAGCGUCUGAAGAGCGGGGAGGACAAACCUAUGACAAUUAGUCUUGUUUGGGGUGUCCUCCCAUCUGACAGUGGAGAUCCCCUGGACCCUAGCAGCAGUGGGUCUUUAGUGAUGGACCCAGAGUUUAACAUGAGUAGUCCAGAAGCUCAGGUGUGGUUAAGAGAUCUGUGUGGCAAGAUUCAAAACCAGAGCUUCUAUUCACCUUCAUUGUCUGAAGUGGAAAUGAAAGUCGACAAUGUCUGCCUUGUGGAGCAGCUCUUACACUGGGUAUCCAUAAGACGCUGCUCUGACAGUGAGGAUUCUUUUAAUUUUUGCUGCAAUGAUAUUCCAUUCCCUUACCUCCCAAGUGUUUUUGAGCAGUGCUUAGGUAUGAUGACAGCUGAGAGGCAUGCAGAAGGUCACCUCUCCAACACAGGAGGCCCUCGCUUUGAUUCAGAUGGCCGAGUGGCAGCCUUAGUUAUAGAAUUCAAGACAACCCAGCUAUACAGUUUCAAUUUCAGUCAGACAACACGCUUCUAUAGAGACAUUGAAAGAUGGUUCAAUGCAGAGAUCUCUGGUGCUCCACCUGGACUUCACAACGGUUGGUUUGUGAGCCAGUUAACGCUCUAUGAUCUACAGCAGUGUUUAAACUCCGAAACACUUGUAGUGACAAGCUUUUCUGUGGCAAUGACCUUUGCUUUUCUGCUUUUGACCACCUGGAACAUACCCCUGAGUGUUUUUGGAGCAGUUGCAGUGGGUGGAAGUGUCUUUGUUACGGUUGGCCUGCUGGUCCUACUAGAGUGGCAGCUAAGUGGCUUGGAGGCUCUUUUUAUAUCAGCAGCUGCUGGUCUUUCUGUUGAUUUUGCAGCCAACUAUUGCAUUUCAUACAGCCUCGCCCCUCACUCAGACCGGCUUGGAAGGGUAGCACAUUCUAUAAAGAGAAUGGGCUGUCCUGUAGCGACAGGAGCUGGAACAUACUUCUGCAUGGGGAUCAUCAUGCUGCCCACAACUGCGCUGCUCUUCCGCAAACUAGGCAUCUUUCUGUUGCUGGUGAAAUGCGUAGCCUGCGGAUUUGCAACCUUCUUUUUUCAGUCUCUGUGUUGCUUUUUUGGGCCACAAAAGAACUGUGGGCAGAUAUUCUGGCCGUGCACGGGAACUGUUGGACAGUACAAGGACAAGGAGACUGAAAACAUGCUCUCACCUUGCUCAGCUUCUGGGCCAAGCUCCUCGAACAACACUGCUAACGGGGCCUUCGGCUGUGGGGGAAGAGCCAGGGUCGAGAGAAGAUUUGACAAAGGCACUGACAGAGGUCACCUCUGUCCAGGCCAGCAUCGUCACAGACAGCGACAUCAGGGUGGGGGCGAGCCGGAACAAUAUGAGCUGCAGCCGCUGGCCUGCCAGCUGAGUGACAGCUUUGAGAAUAGCACCUGCACCAGCAAGUUAUCCAACAGGCCGUCUGUUGUCUCUGAUGACAUCCAGUUCCGGAGCCCAAGUCCAAGGAGAGAUGUAGAGGCCAUGAGCAUCGAGGGAGACAGUGAGAACUUAUCAUGCGAGCACUUCAAGGGCUGUCAUCCUCCUCCUGCUGUACAGACCUCCUCCCCAUACAAGGAGAACACAUUGCAGCCUGUUAUAGUGCCCCCAGUCAAGCUGACUAAGGAGAGACUCCUGUGCAGACAGUGCCAGAACCAGCCUGGGGGCAUGAAACACUGGAAUGUGUCCCUGUCAUCCUCUUCAAGCAUGGAGGAUAUUGUGGUCAGCACUCAGCCUCCUGAAGCCAAAACCCAGCGGUCACUGUCCACAGAGGGGGCCUCCAGCAGUCCUUUGGAGCACCAUCCUCACCGUCGUCUCCUAUCAUCCCAGUCUCAGAGUUCCUUUGAAGGGCUAGAGGACACACGCGAGACAUGCCUGAGUGACACCGAACCAGGAUCCUCUGACCUACUGGCCCCUUUGGAAGCGGAGAGGGAACUGAAGCCAGGCCACUUGAAUGGCAAGAGGGACACUUUGCGCCUGUCCUUGAAGGAGACAGUUUUUGAGAGUGCUUCCAAGGGAACAGGGAGAAGCAGGAUGAGUCAGGGAGACGUACCUGUGAUUCUGCCCAACAGCAAACCAGACUUGCCUGAUGUGUGGAUAAAAAGGGAAGGGCGAAGUUGUGAUGACAGCUGAUGGCAUUUUGUCAUCACGCGUUA